AUAUCUAUAACUACAUGACAAUACAAGGAAGGAAUUAAACUUCAAAUAGAUAUAUUUCCAUCUCUAUAAAUUUGCUUCAUUGAAUUUCUGCAUCUUCUUUAUUUGAGAGAGAGAGGAGAAAAGAUGGAGAACAGAGAGAAAGUGACUUCACUGAGGAGUUCGGACGGUCAUAUUUUCCCGGUGGAGGAUACGGUAAUCGCGGAGUUCCGAUCGAUCCACUCCUUUCUUCCGGCUGCCGGUGACGCCGUUUUUCCUAUUUCUCAGAUUACCGGCGACAUUCUCGCCAAAGUAAUCGAUUACUGCAGAAAACACAUCGAUCACAAGCUUAAUCGCUUGCGUGAUGAGGAAAUCACUGCCUGGGACAGACACUUCGUCAACGUCGACGAGAAAACCCUACUCGAUCUCCUCGUGGCUUCACACUUUCUGGGAGUGAAGGAUCUCUUCAGCCUAAUAAUGGUGAGUGUAGCAGACAUGACGAAGAAGAAGGGUGUUGGCAGCAUGGAUCAACUUCACAAUCUCUUCAUCUCCAACUUUAGGCUCGACUAACAUGUUCAUCUCCUCCACCUUGAUUUGGAAUUAAUUAUGUUUACUUUUAGCUUUAGAUUUUUCUUUUAUCUUUAUCUUUGCUUAUAGAAUCAGAUUUUACCUUGUAUGAAUGAAAUUGGAGUUAAUUUUCAAUAAAAAUGUGAGUUUUAAUUUC